UUAGUUAUACGCGAAUGUCAAUUCAGGAACUGCGCAAUUGUCUCAAGUUUGGAAACCCAGCGAAAUUUGUGCCUGUGUCACGCCCACAGUCCCGAUAACACUGGAGCCGAGCUGGCGAAUCGAUCUGCAGCGUUCAAGCGAGGCCUCGCAUGGGCGUCGUACACCGUGGUCGCGCCGCGCGCUCAGUGAUGAUGCAGGAUAUCUGUCGCCGGCUCAAGCUGAAUCUGAUCCCGUCGUACGUUCAAUUUGAUGUUUGACCACUUUGCAUUUUGCCUCGGAGGAGAAAGAGAUGGGAUCAGGUGCUGUGGAUUCUUCCCAGUGGCUGUCAGUGAAGGAAGAGACUAUUUUCCUUCACGAUGGACUAAUUCGGGUCACGGACCUGGCAGAGCUGCCCAGUGAAAUCGGAGUGUCUGAACAAGGGGAAUCCGAGCAGGAGAUCUUGACGUUUGAGACGAAGAACCCAGUGGAGCUGGCCGAGCGCCUGCGAGCAGUCUGUGGAAACCAGAGCAACGCUUACGCAAGACUUUUGGAGUACCGUCUCAAUGCAUUGCGCGGUCUGUGGGGAGCACAGCGACAGCUGGCCCUAGAGGAGCAGCAGGAGCAUGAAGGAGUCAUCCCGGGGACCGGCGGAGGGGCCGACGAGGAGGCGCUGGCCCUGCUUAAGCGACAGGGCUUCUUGCAAUCUCAACAUCACCACCAUCCUCACCACCCUCAAAUGCCCACCGGCUCUGAUCAGGCACCGUUUACCUCACGGGUCGGCCUCCUGUUGGUCUUUCCGCUACUGCAGUCACAAACACGGCACGACCCUGCACUCUGUGGUGUCACCGCCGAAGUCUUGCUCGCGUGUCUGCGUGACUGCCAGCCGCUGAGCCUAGGCAAGGAGCCUGCGGACUGCCUAAAUGGCCUGGAGAGGUUGCUUUGCUCCUGGCUGGAGGAGAGGAAUGAGCCAGAAGGUCUGGCACAGGCGAGGCUGCUACUUACCCAACAGCAGAGACAGAACGCAGCUGCUGCACUAGUGGCUCUGUCGUGUGCAAGGGGCUCCCUCAAAACGUUCAUUCAUACUGUCCACCUGCUGCAGAAACAGACAGACUUGGGUCAACUUCCAGUGGCUGAUGUUCUCUAUAGACUGCUGCUUCUUGAGGGAGGUCCAGGCUCACCCUCCUGUUUGCUAGGGGGGAAACACAGUGUGUCGUGGGGCUUCGAGGACAUGUUGCCCACUCCAGAGAGCAGCGUCACUGGUCCAGAGAGUAAAGACACAGACCUGGGACGCAGCCUGGCUACAGAUGGUUUCUAUCUCUACACAACAAACUCUUUUGGAAAGGGCUUAAGCAAGCUGGGCUCAGGGCAGCAUGGGACGCUGAGGGGUUUUGUUUAUUGUCGGAAUGAGGAAAUGGAAGCAGGGUGGGUGGCGCACAGUAGUGGCUUUUUGCUCCACCGUCCUGCCUCUUUUGACACAAAACCUCAUCAGCUGUGCCAGGUCAUCGACCCCUUCACACUGCAGGUUUCUCAAGUAGUAGCAAUGCCCCAUCAUCAUUUCCCAGUGGGCAGCUGCCUGACCACCCUGCGUCUGUGUUCUGAUGGUACCUACCUCUACUGGGUUUGGUCACCUGUCAGCAUCAAUGAGAAAACACAAAAAGGCCACUCUGUCUUCAUGGAUGUCUUCCAGCUAACGACUGAGUCUGGUCUGUGUGUGGCCAGCCCUAUACAAGAUCGGGUAAUCCUGUCGCGAAAGGAAGGCGAGUCAUCUAAGUGUUUGAAUGAGCUGCUCCUGAGCCGCAUGUCUCGCUUCCGUGCUUCCCACUCCUCCACACUGGCUGCCCUCACCGGCUCUGCCAUCACCAACCCCGUCAAAGAGGAGCAGUCGGUAGUCAACACAAGUUGUGGCUUGUCUAUAAAAACACUGAGGAAGACACCGAUGUACGUGUGUGGAACGUACCUAGUGAUGCUGGCACCCACUCCAGGUGUAGCUGGGAGCUCUGCCACCCGCUCACUGUUUGGUGGCGCCAGUGGCCUUUCUUCCCUUAAGAUCUUGGCAUCUAGUUUGGUGUUUAACCUGGCUGAUGGUCAGUUUAGCAAUCGUGCAGACCUCGUAGAUGCUCCAGGAAGUUCUCUGGGUCGUGGGGCUCAGGUUGCAGGACUGGGGGCCUGCUAUGAUGCACUUAACAACUUAAUCUGGACGUGCUCCAGUGACUACAUGGACCAAUGGUGUAACCCUGGAAACCAGGCCUUCCAUCAUGUGUGCCAACGACUUGGCGUCAGUCACGUCAUCAGUCAGCCUAAAGAAGAAAUGAUAGACACCGGCAAAGUGAUAAACCAGCUGCUCCAUCAUGUUGGCGCUAUGUGCAUCCACCAGCUCAACCUGCUAGCAGCCAGCAGUAGUUUACACCUAGGAACCUUCAUAGGAAAACAGCCCAUGGAGGCUUGCCACUUUAGUUCUAUAUGUGACGUCAUGGAGAAGGCCAUGGUCAACGGAGACACGUGCAUCAUCCGAUGCAUUCUGGUCGUCUUUCAGGUGGUGUUCCAGUUUUUUAAUCCAAAUUCUGAGCAGAACCGGGACUGUGUUAAGCGUUCUGGACUGUUGCUGUGGCAGUUACUUAUGGCUCCUCCUGAUCAGAUAGAACCGGAAAUACAAAGAGAAGUGUGUCUUGCCAUCAGCUCAGGUUUAAACACCUUGUACCAGAGCGAAUCUGAGUUGAACAACCUGCUAAAAUUUGUUUUCACUGAGGGGGAGAAGAACAGUGGUUUGUCUCAAUUACGUGAUGUUAUAUUAAACAACCUUGCUAACCAGUUACAGAAGAACCGCUUUGGUAGUGAGGAGGAUGACCACUACAGACUGAAAGAUGAACUGUUGCAGUGUAUCUUGAAGACUGUAGUGCAAGAGUCAUGUCUCCUCAUCACCAAAUGUCAAACCGUUUCCAAGGAAGACCUUCAGAAGCUUCUCUCCACUGUACCUGUAGUGUCACCAAGCUUGCGUUACUUAAUGGCUGUGCAGAACCAUUUGCUCAGCAACACCAUCCUGCUCCACCCUGAUGACAUUGAUGAUAGUGACAGCUCCCUACAAGGGGAAACAAUGAAGGUACAGGAGUUGCAGACGAGCAUCUUAUCACUUGCUUCGAAGAUCCUGGUUGGGUGUGAUGAGGUUCUGGAGACCCUUCAGCAAGUCACCAGCUCCCUUAUCAACAGCAACAUCAGUGAUCGAGAGACCAGACUGAGAGGACUGGAACAGGUAACGAAGGCCACAAUGUUGGGUCACUUGCUGCCGGUUCUGUUGACCUCACUGAUGCACCCGAACCUACAAACCCUCACACUAGCUGAUGCUCUCAUGCCACAGCUAGUCCAACUGGUCCUCUAUACUAGUCAGACUGCUUUGCUGCUGAAGACACAUUCACCAUUAUUUUCGGAGGAUUCCUCGCUAAAUCAAGGCCCCAAUCCACCCUCAUUAAGUGAUGGUUUCCAGAUUCUGGAAGAGAGAGAGGAGCCAGGUUUUUUGACCGGCCUGAAGAUCCCUGCCCCAUGGGCCGCUGGGAAAACAGUGGAAACUGUUCAUCCAGUGCGGGACAACUACAAAUUUAAAGAUACAGUGCACAUCCCUGGUGCGCGCUGUCUCUACCUCCGUUUUGACCCUCGCUGCUCCUCCCAAUAUGACUAUGACAAGCUGGUGAUUUAUGCCGGGCCCAACACAAAUAGUCGAAAAGUGAGUGAGUAUGGAGGCAACACCAUGGGUUAUGGGAGCCGUAGUGUCUUGGGAACUGGAUGGCCCAAAGAUCUUGUCAAGGUGGAAGGAGAUACUGUGACAUUCUCUUUUGAGAUGAGAAGUGGACGUGAGCACAAUACCCCAGAUAAAGCCAUGUGGGGUUUCUCAUGCACUGUCCGAGCACAGGAGUCGUCAGAGGAUGUGUCCGGUGGGCUGCCCUUCCUGGCUGAUCUAGCUCUGGGUUUAUCAGUGCUGGCCUGCGCUAUGCUACGCAUCCUCUAUAAUGGCCCUGAUAUCACACGAGAGGAGGAGGCCUGCCAUGACCUUCUCUGCUCCAAACUACUGCAGAGGUGUCAGUGGCAAGUGGAGGCUAAUGGUGCGAUAUCUCCUGCUCUCACGCCGUCUCCGUCUCCCCUGCCUUUAACCAUUGAUGAAGAGAGAGAGUUCACCUAUCCUUCAGACGUCCUCGCCCCGCCUGGGGCUUGCUGUGAGCUGCCCCGCAUCCACUUACCUCAGGGCAUUAUGGGCCGCCUGAGGGAGCUGUCUGGAAGAGCCCGGCCUCAGUUUCGCCCCAGCAUCAAAGAGGUGAUCCGUCCUGAUGUGAUGGAGGAAGUGAUCGUGUCGUGUGUAAUAAAGCACUUGGGCCUGGUAGAUGCGCUGCAGUCGCUGGUGAACUUCCAGUACAGAGAAGUGCACAGAGAGGAACACAAUCUGCUCUGCAAAAUCAUGGCCGAGACAUUCAAGAAGAUCAAUGCAAUGGAGAGACAGUUACAAAGUGUAGCUGAAUUGGAGCAGAAGUGGCAGAAUGAAGUAGACGAAGCUCAACAGGGAAAACUUGAGAACAACUCGCCCUUCUUCCACGACUAUCACUUCUUUGAGAACAAAAUGAAGGAGCUGGAACUUCUGUGUUCACUCAAGGAGGUUCCUCUGGACUGCACAGAUCCAGAAAAUGCAGUGAUGGCUUUGAGAGAGAAGUUUUUCCAUGAGGUUAAUGCCGUGCAGCAGCAAAGAAGCUCCGUUCCACUGGCUAAAACCAAAGCGCUUGUGAAGAGCUUGAUAAACCGCUCUGAACUGCUGCUACAUGUUACAAUAGCACCACAAUGCAAGAGUCUGUCUACAACACCAACAUGCUCACCAGCCUGUAAGUCGGUAUCGGACGCUAAAUCGAUGGUUCCUAUAGUGAAGCAGCCUGUGUUCCUGCGCAGUAUGUCCGCUCCCUCAGAUUUGGAAAUGAUUGCCAACAGUGAUGUGGAGUUUACACAUGGAGCACAAAGGAGGCGCAUCAACCCAUCCAAUCACCGGAGCAGCUCUUUUACUCUACUACAGUCAUUGGUCAUUGAAGACAGCAAGGACAAGCCCACGUACAGCGUGCUCCUGGGACAGCUGUUUGCCUUCAUAGGAACAACACCUGAUCAAACUGUGUCCAGCACCAGCUUCCUGUCAGCAGCUCAGACCCGCUGGAGGAGAGGUCGCACGAGGAAGCAGGCUCUGGUUCACAUGAGAGAGCUGCUCACCGCUGCUGUUCGGGUGGGAGGGGUCACACAUCUGGUCGGCCCAGUUACCAUGGUGCUGCAGGGUGGACCAAGAGUCGAGGAACUGACCUGCGGAGGCAUGAUGGAGCAGGUCCAGGAGGCCUUUGGAGAGACCAUGACAUCAGUGGUGUCUCUCUGUGCCCGUUACCCCAUAGCCUGUGCCAACAGUAUCGGCCUGCUGUGCACCAUCCCUUACACCAGGAGUGAGGAGCAGUGCCUCGUUCGCAGUGGUUUGGUUCAGCUUAUGGACAGGCUGUGUAGCCUGAGCAGUCAGAGGGACUGCAGCUCGAAUGAGAAACAAACCAAAAAACAGAAAGUAGCCACGAUGGCCUGGGCUGCUUUUCAGGUGCUGGCCAACCGCUGCAUUGAGUGGGAAAAAGUCGAAGGAGGCUCCACAGACGCAGUGCAUUCUGGACUGGCACGACAGGUGUCUAGCUUAUUAACCAAUCACCUGGCUCGGGCGACAGACUGCUGCGGUAACCAAGCGGCAGGGAAUGAUGCCCUGCAGGAUGUGCUCAGUUUGCUCAACGAUCUGUCCAGGAGCCACAUAGGCAAGACCAUCCUGAGCCAGCCUGCCUGUGUGUCCAAGCUUCUGUCACUGCUCCUGGACCAGCGGCCCUCGCCCAAACUGGUGCUGAUUAUCCUUCAGUUAUGCCGUGCUGCGCUUCCACUUAUGAGCGUGGAGGACUGUGGGAAUGUAGCACUUCCUUCCUGGAGCUACUCAACAAAUGCACUGGAUGCAGAGCAGCAAGACGCCAAUGAUCCUGCCUUCCGCAUCGCAUCACUGCUGCUGGCCAAGCUGGCAGACUAUGUGGUGCCAGGUUGCCAGACUUUGCUCUCCCCAAGCGCUUCUGAGCCUGACACUAGUCUGACACGGGCCUGUCCCAAGAGCAGUGCUAAGACUGAUAAAGACGCUAGUGAGGAGGGGGAAGCAGUGGAUGGCAAGCUGUCCAUUUUCAUCCAUAAGAGAGAAGACCAGUCAUCACAUGAGGUGCUUCAGCCUUUACUCAGCAGCUCAGAGGGUCGUCCUUUCCGUCUCGGCACUGGAGCGAACAUGGAGAAGGUGGUGAAGAUGGAUCGAGAUAUGACAAAGAGUGGCUGCUGUGAGGUGAUCACUGAAGAGGCAUCCUCUGCUUUGCGGAAAGCCAAUAAGUGGGCUCAGUCUGGGCUUAUUGUUAGUGUGGGGCCACCAAUAGAGAACACUGGCCAGGAGAACUCUGGGGUAUCCAAUACAGGUGACAAGAAGAAAACUGCCCAGUCUACUGUCUGCCGAGAGAGGAACGCUGAAUUGGCUCGAUCAGAUCCAGUGCGGCCCUUCAUCAGCGGUCACGUGGCUAACAGCAUGGCUGCUGAGGUCAUCGCUCUGCUCCACAGUCUUCUGACUGCACCUGAAUCCAACACUGCUCAAAUAUGGACCAGCACAGCAGAAAAGGUGUUGUCCAGGGCCUUGAUGUACAUCCCUCAGUUAGGCAAAUAUGCUGAGAGUAUUCUGGAAAGCGGUAACAGCAGUGGCAGGAAGUUAGCCAAGCUGCAGGCGAUUGGCCGACAGGCUGUGGCGGCUCUCUGUGCUCUAGGCGGAUUCAAGGAGACCAUCAAGAUUGGUUCUGAAGUCCAGGUGGUGGGUAAAGGUGUAUCGGAUAGUGUUGGUGUGGUUAUAUCCAUUAAUGAACAAGAGGGCAUCGCCACUGUCAAGUUUCCUUCCUGCGAUUACCGCCGCACAAGCAAGGCGUCUGAUAUCCUCACUGUGCCCAUAUCCCGCCUCUGCACCCCCCGCUCUGAGGCUCUGCCGCUGCAUAAGCUGUCCAUCACAGAGAAGGUUGUUCAAGCAGUGCAGUCCAUGUUACUGCCACAGGAGGGCAGUCUGUCCAUCCACACGUCCCUCCCUGCGUCUGGAGACGGAGCCAGUCCUGUGAUGGCUGUGGUGCGUCUUCUGGCCGAGAUCAGAACUAGAGCGUGUUUGGUGAUGGCGCAGCUGCUUGAGGACAGCUCAUUUUGUGAAGAGUUUAUUCAGCAGUGUCCGGCAGCAGUGGAGGUGCUUAACCUGAUAGCUCAGGAGUGCAGUCCUGGAGAGCGUUUAGUGAUGGUAGAGGUGCAGUGUGAGAGGGUUAGGAUGCUUUAUCGAGACUGUGCUCGUCCUCCACCACCUCCAGUACAAACUGAUCAAAGACAGCCUAAAGAAAUCACAUGGUGUCCGUCACGCGUCUUCCCUCCGGUUCGGGCCUGCAUGUUUUCUUCACACUUGACCUCUGUGACCUUUCUGGCAGAUCCAAGCGCGGGUGGAGGCCUUCCCAGAGGAACUUUCAUCUAUGCCACUUCACCUGUGCCUGUUCAGGCUCCAUCUUUUUACUGGGAGAUAGAGAUUGUUUCUUUUGGAGAUUCGGAGGAUGAUAGCGGUCCUAUAGUGUCGUUUGGUUUUUCCCCGGAGGCCGAGAAGAGAGACGGUGCAUGGACGAAUCCUGUCGGCACCUGUCUAUUCCACAAUAAUGGGAGGGCAGUACACUAUAAUGGCUCCAGUUUGCUGCAGUGGAAGAGUGUGAGACUAGACGUGGCUCUACUUCCUGGUGAUGUUGCAGGUAUAGGUUGGGAGCGUUUGGAAGGCACUCCACCUCCACCAGGUCAGCCUCCAAAAGGGAGGGUUUACUUCACUUACUGUGGUCAACGUCUCGCCCCUUAUCUGGAGGACGUGGCUGGAGGGAUGUGGCCCGUAGUCCACAUUCAGAAGAAGAAUACAAAGAUCCACGCAAACUUUGGCUGCCGGUUGUUUGCGUACGCAGAGGGACAGGCUCACCGAAACGCUGCUGACCUUUGCAUGGACCUCUCAGAGGAGAUCAGUGCCAACUUUGAGGCUCUGCCUUUUGCCAUGGCCUCUGACAGCGACAAUGAUGCCGGCACUAGUGUGGCGUCUGAUUCUGGUUCUCAUGGUCCUCCGUGUCGCAUUGCUGCGGUCGUCACAGCACAGCAACAAUACAAUAGUGAUGCCUCUUGUCACUACAAGGUAGAACUGAGCUAUGAGAAUCUGGUCGUCUCAGGGCCAAACGCCCACCCGCCACUAAUUGCUGAUGAUGAGAGUGAUGAUGAAGAUGAUGAAGACAUUCCUAGGGAGGAUCACUACGCCUUGCUAGUGAAAGCGUGGGAAACCAAAGUUUUUCCAACCAUUCGGCGUCGUUUCAGGAAUGAAGCAGAGAGGAAGUCUGGUCUGGAUCAGAUCAAAGGAGCACUUCAGCUCGGAAUGGUGGACAUUGCACGUCAGACUGUUGAGUUCCUGUAUGAAGAGAAUGGAGGUAUUCCUCGUGACCUCUACCUUCCAACCAUCGAGGACAUCAAAGAUGAAGCUAAUAAGUUCACCAUUGACAAAGUCCGCAAAGGUUUAACAGUGGGCAUCCGCUGCCCAGAGGGAAACAACACCUGUAGCAGCACAGGUGGAACAGCCUUACCAAAGUUUGCCAUCCGGGGCAUGUUGAAGACUUUUGGCUUGCAUGGUGUCGUGCUCGAUGUAGACUCUGCCAAUGAACUGGUCCAGGUGGAGACAUAUCUCCGUAGCGAGGGUGUGUUAGUCCGGUACUGGUACCCAAUUGAGAUGCUAGAGAGGCCGCCAGCAGGGUCCCGCAGGGCUGCAGCAAAUGGCUUGGUGUCUCUGGACAGCAGCAACAUCCAAAUUCAUCGGGAGCUGCUGCGUUGUGAAAGUGCUCUCGCGCGUCUGUACUGCCGCAUGGCAUUGCUCAACAUCUUUGCUCCCAAGAGCCCUCACACGUUCACACGUCUCUUCCACAUUCCCGCUGUACGAGACAUCACACUUGAGCACCUGCAGCUCUUGUCCAAUCAGCUGCUGGCUCCACCUCUGCCAGAUGGCAGAAUCAGUUCUAACUCUAUUCUGCUGGCUCAGUCUGUUCUCCACGAGCUCCAGGGCAAGAGCUGUUCUCCGACUGAGCUCUUCUAUCAGGGAAACGCACAGACCAUCAGUGAAUGGCUGACGGUGGCCAUCAGCAGAGCUCUGCACCAGGGCGAAGACAGCCUUCUCGAACUCACUAAACAGAUCUGCUGUUUCCUUCAGAGUGCACCUGAACAGUUUACACUGGAAGAGUUUCCCAUCACUGAGUCCAAGGUCAGCAUGGAUGUGAACUUCCCCGGUGCUGCCUUUGUGCUCGUCUCUUGCAAAGAGAGCCAAGUCAGCUGCCGCAAAGAUUCCUCUCUAUACAAAGCCCCUUGGACUCGUGUAAUGGUGUACGGACUUGGUCACAAGGUGCGACGAAACGGCCAGCUGAAUCUGAUGGAAGCAGUGUGCUACCCGCUAGACGCCUCCCCGUCUAACACAGGACUCACCCCUCCACCCACAGCCAACCAGUAUCCCAACAUCAUCAUCCCCACUGACAAAGUGCAUGUCAAACUAGCAGGUGUAUCUCCCCCUCCUGGUGCAGUGCUGGUAUUGCACUCGUUGCCUCUUGAGUUUCCCUUGGCUAUGGCCUUUGCUGAACAGCUGCUAACCUACACCGUAGGAGAAACGAUUGACCGCUCUGAGGAUGAGCUAGACACUGUGCCCACUUCUGUGCUUAUGCAGGUUGUGGAGUUGCUGGGUGGCCUUUUGUGGACCACUGAUCUUGCUCCGUGCAUCAAGGAGCUGAUCUUCCACCUGCUUGCAGAGCUUCUCCGCAAGAUCCAUGCCUUUGAGCGGCGCAAGACCCCUUCGGGCCUGUCCAGCCACAUUACACUGCUUCUCAACCCCUGUCUAACAGUUCUUAUGGUUCUUCAAACGGAACUACGAAAGCUUUACGACCAUGAGACCCAAAGUUGGGGUUUAGUUAGCGGCGGUUCCUGCACUUCCGCAACGGGUAGUGGUGGAGCAAUCGCGCUCUCUGCCGAGCGGAGCCGCUUCUCGACGUACUUCCAUGCUCUGAUGGAGGUGUGCCUGGCAGUCGCUGAAGUGACUCUGCCACUCAGUACGGGUGCAGGGACGUCGGUAGUAGGCGCCCCUUUGUCUACGAACACCGCCAACUGUAGUGAUUCCUCGUCCUCUUCGUCAUCCUCCCCAGGCCAGACGCCACAAAGUCCGAGUUUGCUUUCGAAGCGCAAAAAAGUGAAGCUAAAGCGAGAACGGGCAGCAGUCACUGUUGCUUCAGCAACUGCCAUCUCAGGGAAACAUGGUUCCGGAAGUGGUGCAAGACCGUCAGAAUGUGAUAAUGCUUUACUAAACAUGGCCGGAGGGAAGCCAGAAGACAUGUUGUGGUUUCACCGUGGGUUGACAUUACUCUUGAUUUUACGCCACCUUGCUAACAAAGACCCACAAGGUCUGGGCGUCACUGGAGAUGCCGUUGCAGAUGCUUGCCAAGCCUUGGUCGGCUCCACUGCUCACAGCCGAUUGCUCGUGCUCUCAGGAAUCCCAACUCACUUGGAGGAAUCCGUGGUUCGCAAUGCAAUCCGAAGGGCUUGCAAUGCGCACGGUGGUCUCUUCAAGGACGAGAUCUUUAUUCCAGUUCAGGAGGAAGACCCUAAAAAAGCCAAAGCUGAAACUCUAGCAUGUAUUCCCCAAGAUGCAAAGAGAGAUUUCACUGCAGGAAGCCCAAAUAGCAACAGUACAACGCCAGCAUUGAGUGCCUCAGCUUCAGCGAGCCAGGCGUCUUUACAGGGAGCCUCCAGGGCUGCUGGGGAGCUGCUGGUAAACCAAGAGUUGGUGACCUCUCAAACAGCACCUUCCCUGCCACAAGCACCCCUGGAUCCCCACACGGUGUCCAGUCAGGAGAGUCUGGAUGUGUCUCUUUGUAGCACAGGGAGUCAAGGUAGUCUCGGCAGCCUUGGGGAGCAGCUGGAUAGUGGUGCAACGUCAGUCUCAGAUGGGAGCUCCAUGUACACUGUUGCCUCGCCAGACAUCCAUGCCAGUGUGACACGACGGAUCAAAGGCUAUGCUGUCAUAGAGGUAAGGGCACGGGCCCAGGUGGAGAAGAUUCGGGCCAGUCUUUUCAACAGCAGUGAUCUCAUUGGCCUUUCCAAUCUUGAAAGGGAGGAGGAGCUAAUGGAGCUGACCAAUGAGGAGAUCCUCACUGCCUCAAGUGUAAAUCAGAGUUUAUUUGACACUCAAGGGAGUUCUGCCCUUGAAGAGUACUUCCUUGAUAAAUCUAUCAGAGGAGAUAAACUGGUUCCUGGGGCACGUGAUGUGCUAACAGACAUCUUUAAGAGCUGCGUAUAUGCAGAGCAGGUUCUGAGCCCCAUUCCAACAAAACCUGUGAAAGUAUCGGACAUUUAUCUCAGCAAAGAGCAGAUCAACUCUCAGACACCAGGCAACCUGCUACAUGUGUUUUUUACACACGUACGGCCUCCCAAGAAGGUGCUUGAUGACCAGCUCACACAGAUUCUCCGUAAAUAUGGCACAGUAAAGCCCAACAAGAACAAGCACAGCAAGGCAGGCAAAGAGCAGCACCAAGGCAAAGUGGUCAGCACAAAAAGACCCAUCACCAAACCCCCGACCAAAGAGAAGUCCAUGCUUAACAGUGUUAGAACUGUGCUAAGUGAGAAAAAAACAGUCCUCAAGCCAAAAUCUCCAGAGAAGACCAAGCCUGAUGAAAAAGACCCUGAAAAGUCUCCUGCCAAAAAGCUUGAAGUAGUGCCAGAAGAGAAGUUUUUGACCCUGGAAGGUUUCCACAAGUUUACUCUAGACAGAGCCAAGCAGGAUAUUCGCAGUGUUUGGCGUGCAAUCCUGGCAUGCGGUUAUGACCUGCACUUUGAAAGAUGCACAUGCAUCGACUCCCGUCAUGCUCAAAAAGCCAGUAGAAAAUGGACCUUCGAGAUGGACUUUGCAUUGGUCCAGUUUGUGAACCGUCUCUGCCGACAUCUGGCCAUCACACCUGCCCGGCUACAUCCACAUGAAGUUUACAUCGACGCCAAGGAUGUCGUUGAUCCCCAAGUCGCAUGCUUGUUAGGUGUUCCAGUCGAGAGUUUGCGAUUGCGGUUUGCUUUACUGCAGUCACUCAACAGCACAUUGGAGAGCUUCUUCCUGCCAUUAGUGGAGUUAAGGCUGACGCAAACCUAUCAAAACAGCAUAGCAACCCUUCUGUGUGAGGCCAAAGGCCUGAUUUUAUACGACACCAAAGUGACUGUUAUGAACCGGGUGCUGAAUGCAACAGUACAGCGGACUGCGGACCACGCUGCCCCUGAGAUCACACUCGAUCCACUGGAGAUAGUGGGAGGAGAGAUGCGUGCAGCAGAGAACACAUACUUCUGCCAGGCUGCACGCCAGCUGUCAUGUGUCCCGUCGUCUCAGCUGUGUGUCCGGAUAGCCAGUGGGGGAGACCCCACCUAUGCUUUCAACAUCCGCUUCACCGGGGAGGAGGUCCAUGGCACCAGUGGAUCAUUCAGGCAUUUCUUGUGGCAAGUCUGUAAGGAGCUGCAAAGUUCAGCGCUCUCACUGCUCCUCCCUUGCCCUAGUGCUGCAGUAAAUCGCAAUAAGGGGAAGUACAUUCUGACACCGUGCCCCAUCACUUAUGCUGAAGAGCAGCUACUGAACUUCUUUGGCCAACUGCUUGGUAUUGCUAUCCGGGCAGAUGUUCCUCUGCCUUUGGAUCUGCUCGGCUCCUUCUGGAAGGGUCUGGUCGGUGAGCCACUGGACCCAGAAUCUGACUUUCGAGAAGCGGACCUGCUCACAUACAGCCACAUUAAGAAGUUUGAGAAUUUGGCCGAUGAAGCGGAGCUGGAAGCGCUAUGUGCUGAUGUAUCGUCGCAGAGCCACUUGGGUGAGAGUCCUGAUUCACCAAGCCGCCCCUGCUGCACAUUCACCUACAUCACUAUGACUGGAGAGGAGGUAGAGCUGUGCCAUGGUGGUCGUGACAUCGCUGUCAGCUGGGAGAAUAAAGAGGUGUACGUGCGAGCGGUGCGGGAGUUACGCCUGCGAGAGCUGCAGAAUGUGGAGUGCAUGUCGGCUGUGCGCGCUGGUCUGGGCUCCAUCAUACCCCUGCAGCUGCUGACCUUACUGAGCCCUGCAGAGGUGGAGCUGCGCACCUGCGGCCUGCCCGACAUCAACCUGGAGUUCCUCAAGGCUCACACUAUGUACCAGGUAGGACUGAUGGAGACUGACCAGCACAUUGAGUUCUUCUGGUCCGCACUCGAGAUGUUCACGCAGGAGGAGCUCAGCAAGUUCAUCAAGUUUGCUUGCAACCAGGAGCGUAUACCCUUCACCUGCCCCUGUAAAGAUGGCGGUCCGGACACCGCUCACGUGCCCCCCUAUCCCAUGAAGAUCGCCCCUCCAGAUGGGGCCGUGGGCUCACCGGAUUUGCGUUACAUUCGUGUGGAGACCUGCAUGUUCAUGGUCAAGCUGCCCCAGUACUCUUCCCUUGACGUCAUGCUGGAGAAGUUGCGCUAUGCUAUCCACUAUCGUGAAGAUCCUCUCAGCGGUUAAACUUCGCCUGCUAGUCAACCCUGCUGUGAUUUCUCAGAAUCCCCGUCGGCCACGUCUGAGACUGUCACCGCGCAACCUUAAGUGAUUACAUCAGUCCUCGGUUCUUUUUCAAGAAAGGAAAAACAAACAGUCAUGAAGGAACUUGAACAGCCCAGACCAAUUUGCCUUUACAAAGACUAGCGCUUUCGCGUGGAGGGCAGUGAGUUUGACAGCAGCUCGUGGUGGCAGAGAGGAAGCCACACUUUUAUAAAAUGAUGUACAUAUGCUGUCCAUCAACAAAUUUGAAGGAAGUGGCACUGCAACUGCUUUUCUCCCUUUUUAAACAUUUAAUCUCUUUCUUCCUCUCAUUUAACCAGUCUGUCAUCUUAGCAUUCCCUGUGUGCCUCAACCACUGCCUUCUCUCUGUUAGUGAUGACAGUGAUUGUUGACACACAUUCAUUUAGAGAGAUGCUGAUUUUAGCCUCGCAAAGGACUUUAACAAGUUAUUCUUGCAUCUUUCGAUAAGAACAUUUUGGGUGCACCUCUUGAAAACGGUCAAGAACAUAUCCAGGUCAAAAUUAGAAUUUGCAUAAAUAUAUAAAUAUUUUUUUUUUUUGCAUUU